GUGUCGACAACGUGCCUGGUUGUGGAGUGAUCAUACUAAUCGUCAGACCAUUGCCACCACUUUGGCUCCGUCAAAUUGAACCAGUACUGUAUCCUAAUGUACAUAGUGUGUGACAGGAGGGUGUCUGAACUACACCAAGUGAUUCCGUCGCUAGAAAAGUGGUCCUUGAUGAAUACCAUCGGCCAUGAACUGGAAGGGCCGAUUAAUUUGAAGCGCGGGGAAGGGAAACGUAGUCUUCAAAAGGUUAAAGACUUGUGUAGUUGGGGAAGUGUUCUGGUGGUGCUGUACACGAGGUGUCGUAGAGCCACCAGCAAAACAGUAUGAGUCGGUCUCGAAUUUGUACAGCGAAUUGGUAGAGUAACUAUGUCCACCCCUUCGGGUAUGUUAUGAGCAAGACCCAUGGUAUCUUGCUAACACCCGCCUCUUACAUCCGCGUGAUGACGUAAUGUUCUGGAAUUAUCGCUUUCAGGGGGGCAGAUACGGACAUCAAUGUAUCACAGGGUAUGUUGACGGGUAUUUGUGACCUCUUUGUCUAAAUCCGACGCGUGUGGGAAUUAAAAUUGGUUUCAGCUUGUUCUGGGACAUCGGAGAAAGAAGAAACAACAUAAUGGCAUAUAAAAUGAAUAAAUCGGUCUGAGGGAAGGAUGUUCUAGGGAAUAGAUUGUUCAUAAGAUAAGCCCGUGAAAUAUUUCAAAGGUGUUAAACUGAAGAAAAUUAUCCUGUGAACAAGCCUAUGAAUAAGGUUCAUCAUCAUAACACUUUUGGUGAAAAGUGUGUGUUCUAUCGAAGGUCUUGUCAUUGACAAUCAUCUUCAAAUAUAUUGUCACACCAUAUCGUCUACUCUAAAUCCCACAUUAGCAACUUUUAAACUCCCAUCGAUCAUAUUCUAGUACAAAUUUCUUGCCUUGCGUCUGGUGGGACAAGAUAUAACCUGCCUCGGUCUGCCAUCCAGGGCUCCUUGCUUCUCAAGGGUCGACAGGCUCAUUCUUGCGCACAUUACAGCAACGAUUAAUUGCAUAGCUUUCCUAGUGUCGAAUGUUCUCCUUGGGCACCAUUACUCGUGACGGAUGUGGUGGCAGAGACGAGGGAAUACUAAACUAGGGGAGUGAACUUGCAGUGAGCUUGGAGUGUAGUUGGGAGUCGCACACAACGAGAGCCAGCUGCAUCAGUGGACGACGUUUACUAUGGCAUGUCCGCGUACUCUUCUUCUACUUCUUCUUCUCUAGUUUGUCGGAUCAUUACAAGAGCUUUGGGACCUAUUUGUGAGGCAAAAACACUCUUAGCUUCUCAGAUCGCACCAAUACCAGCUUCUCUUAGUUCUCUGGCUGCGUGUCCCUUCGUAUUCUUGGGUCUGUUCGUUGCCGCCAUAACCACUAAGCCUCAAACUGUUUUCUGACUCCUACUAUGCAGCCUCCUCUUGGUCAGCCAUGGCUAGUUAGCCACUGUAACUCUGCACCUCUAGUCAUGGUGCAGCUCAUCACUACUCUUACUUUGUGCUGCUGUGCAUUAGGUCAACGUAGCAGCUUCAACUUCCAGUUUGUCCAGUUCUCUCAGGAUCGAAGUAACCUCACACUCCUGGGAGAUGCGAGUGUUGCACAGAAUGACCUCGCAUUAGAGCUCACAAUCAAUGCCAGUGGUAGAGCAUUGUAUAGGAAUCCCAUUCGAUUCAAGACGCCUUCCACUCUAGCCUCGGUCUCCUUCAUGACAACUUUUAUUUUUUCCAUAGAAACAGGGAUUAACAAGGACAAUGAAGGUGAGGGUUUAGCAUUUUUGAUCGUCCCAGACAACGUAACCAUGGGCAGUGGAGGGGCAUGGAUGGGGCUUUUGUCUCCAGCAGCUGGCACCAGCUUUGCAGCUCCAAAUACAGAGGCCAAAAUGGUGGCUGUCGAGUUCGACGUGCAGCAAGAUGUUGAGUUUUGGGAUAUCAGCAACAACCACGUUGGUGUGAAUGUCAACACAUUGAAUUCAGUGGUCGCGCGCGAAGCUGCAUCGGGGAGCCAGGGAGUGAGCUUGGUCGAAGGGCAUGUCAAGACAUGGAUUGAGUACGAUGGGGAGGGGAGGAAGAUGCAAGUGACUCUGGCGCCCUAUUCCCCCACCGGCGGAUAUCAGAAGCCUGAUGUUCCCUUGUUAGCUGUGGACUUGGACCUGUCAGGAAUUGUGAAUGAGUACAUGUAUGUUGGUUUCUCGGCUGCCACAAGGAGUGGAACCGCGCAACACAAAGUGUGGUCCUGGACGUUCGAGAGCUCAGCCGGCAGCAUUCGUGAAGCCGGGGGCUUAAAUGGCUACGAAGGAUUGGCCCCAACGCCAUCACACGUAGACUCUUCGCAGCCUGAAAACGGAUCUGCAAACUCCAGGAUCCGACAACCUGGGCUUGGAUUUGCAAGUUGGACUGCUACCAUGUUAUAUGUGCUGCUCAUGGCAGCCGGGUGACGCAGCGGAGGCUGUCGAGGUGGUGGUGAUGAGAGUGUUGAAGGGCUCCUUCAAACCAUUACGAAACUCCGAAGAACGGCGAUUUGAAGGAAGUACUUUGUGUCACUUUACAGCAGGAUCUCAGGACAAUCACACACUACGGUUCAUUACUUCGUAGUAAGUUGCAUGUGCUUUGCAGUAAGGUGGAGGUUUUUUCUAUUAAUGAUAUAGUUUGGAGCAUCAUUGAUACAUUUUUGUGCAUUUAAAAAAGAAAAUGUCUCAAAUGGGUGUAUGAAAAUAUGCUAUUGACUAUUUGAAAGCUAAUUCACAACCGUAGUGUCAUCCUUGAAACUAAA